CGGCCGCGAGUUGCUGGAGGGGCGGCAAGCGUUGCGGAGCGAGGGUGGGCGCCGCGUCCGUUGCUUAGCCCUCCUGGCCCUUCCGUGCUGCGGGGCGGGGUGGCAGCGGCGGCGGCGGGGAAAAGGCGAGAGGCCCCCCGGGACAGAAGAGGGCUGGCUGGCUGGGGAAGGACCUGGGCGAAGGAGCGAGCGAGCGUGCUGGGCAGGGACGGGUGCGCGCUCGUGCAAAUCCUCUUUUGUGUCGGAGGCUGGGAAGGGGAGCGAACCCGAGGCAGGACAGGGGGCGGGUAGGCGACCUUGACGUGUGAGGCGGGGGGGGUGUCAAUAGAGGCAAUAAAAGGGGCUAGUCCCUUGGAGGACGGGGAAUAAUCCUGCCUGUGUCUGGGAUAGGAGUGUGUGGGGGUGUUUUGUGUGCAGUAUCUGUGCAUCAAAGGAUUGUGGGUGUGAGUCUGGGGCAGAGGAUAGGAGUUUUGGGGCUGUAUCUUUAUUUUGGGGUGAAUCUGUGGGUCAAAAGAUAGGAGAGUGUGUUUUGGGAGUGUGAGUCUGGGGCAAAGGAUAGGAGUUUUGGGGGUGUAGCUGUGUUUUGUGUGUGGGUCAAAGGAUAGGAAAGUGUGUUUUGGGGGUGUAAGUCUGGGGCAAAGGAAAGGAGUUUUAGGUGUGUAUCUGUGGGGCAAAAGAUAGGAGAGUGUGUUUGGGGUGUGUGACUGAGGGGAGGGGCUUUCUGGGUGGGCAAGGGGAGGCCUCCAGUAGAUCACCUGUGUGUGACCUGUGGGUGUGUUCAGGGAAGCCGGCUUGAAGGAAACAGACCCAGGCUUGAGGAUGGGUGGGGAUGGUGCUGACAUGUCAGAGGCAGGGGAAGGCGGAGAGGAGGGAGAGGGUGGGGAGAUUGUGGAGGUAGCCUUGAUGCCUCCCCUGCACCAGAAUGGGUGCCUCCCUGGCAGGGAGACAGAAAGGAGCAGCAGCUCAGCACCUCUGGUGUCAGUGAGCGAUGUGGAGGUUGGAAGAGCUGUUGCAUCCGAGGAGCACCCUGAGGCAGAAGCCAUGCUCCCUGCUUCCACAUCAGAAGUGAAGCUUAUCCCUCGGCUGUCCAAGCGCAGGCUGGUAGUGCUGGUCAUCUUCAGCUUGUACUCGCUGGUGAACGCCUUCCAGUGGAUCCAGUACAGUAUACUGACCAAUGUCUUCACCCGUUACUACAACGUCUCCAACUCUCAAGUAGACUGGCUGUCCAUGACCUAUAUGGUGACGUACAUCCCCCUGAUCUUCCCUGCCACUUGGCUGCUGGACACUCGGGGGCUUCGCAUCACUGCCUUGCUGGGAUCUGGACUCAACUGCCUGGGUGCCUGGAUUAAGUGUACCAGCGUCCAACCAAACCUGUAUGCGGUCACGUUGGUGGCUCAGAUUGUGUGCUCCAUAGCCCAGGUUUUUAUUCUGGGGUUGCCCUCCCGCAUUGCCUCUGUCUGGUUCGGGCCCAAGGAAGUGUCCACUGCUUGUGCUGUAGCUGUUCUGGGCAACCAGGUAAGAGGAUGUAGAAUGCAAGAUGCUUGCGACAGGGGUGUGUCAGGGAGGGAUGCUCAUCGGGAGAAUAUCUGGAGAAAUCAUGCAUUUCUAAGGGAGGAGGGAAUCUUAAAUGGAAAGGGCUAGAAUUUAUGUGAUGAGGGUGGGGUGGGAAGGCCUAGCAGUGUGUUUUGUUUGUGCCAUGUACAGUGGUAGUUCGGGUUACAUAUGCUUCAGGUUACAUACGUUUCAGGUUACAGACUCCGCUAACCCAGAAAUAGUACCUUGGGUUAAGAACUUUGCUUCAGGAUGAGAACAGAAAUCGUGCAGCAGCGGCGCAGUGGCAGCAGGAGGCCCCAUUAGCUAAAGUGGUGCUUCAGGUUAAGAACAGUUUCAGGUUAAGAACAGACCUCCGGGACGAAUUAAGUACUUAACCCAAGGUACCACUGUAGUUAGUUGCAGGUUGAUGACAAGCAAAGCCCUGUCUGUAGUGGUGUGUCAAAGCAGCUUCGCCCAUGGAGAAUGAUGUUUCAAUAUAAUUGUAACUUAAAACAUUUCUCCAUGAGCUGUGAAAGACUUUGAAACUAAAGGCAGUAGCAGUCUCAUUUCCAUUAGUCUGCCUACCACCCCAAUAAUGGUAUCCUGUGCAGCUUAAUGUAGAACUGUUCUGAAUUAUACAAAGAUAAAACAUUGUAAAAGCAGACAACAGCUUUACAAUUUUAAAAGGGUGUUGACUACAAAGCUUCCAUGUUUGCCUGUAGCAUUUCUGAACUAAAGGCAUGAAGUAUCUAAUGCUUUUUUUUGCAGUUAAACCAUGUGCUUCAAUUAAUUCUGCUGACAGAGAAUGGUAAAGAAAUUCAGCUGUACACUUCCAGUGAUUGCAGUAUCAAUAAAAUAGAGAUGCUGGUAUAUUUCAAGAUAAGAAAUUUCAGCCAAUGCCUUGAUUGUCACCAAUAUUCAGAGAGAGGCAGCACUUUACAGAAAUGCUAAUAUAGGAUAGCACUAUAUGAAACAUACCAAUAGAAUUGGGAUCGCACAAUUUCUCUGUUACUACUGAUAAAUGCCUUGCAUUUUAAUUCAAUAAUGAUGCACUAUUUAAACACUAUAAGUGUAAAUAAAUCCACCAGGACCUGUUCCCCUUCAGGUUAAUGAAGGAACACUUUGGUUUCAAACAUGCUUUACUUGCAGUUAUAUGCAUGUUUCAAUUACCAAACCUCAUUUAGGUUGCUUUUUCUUUACAGCUGGGCACAGCAAUCGGCUUCUUAUUGCCACCAGUUUUAGUUCCAAACACACCUGAUGACAUGGACCUCAUGGGACAUAACAUCCGCAUUAUGUUCUAUGGUACGGCAGCCGUAUCCACAUUCCUUUUUAUACUAGCAGCAGUGGGUAAGUAAAACAUAUCUGUAAGCAGUUUUGUAAAUGCUGAAGAAAGCUUUCAAACAAAGCAAAUCCAAGUCAGUCAAAGGCUAUAUAAAUAUCAUAGAUGAGGCGCAGAGUUGUCAACUUUUCCCUUUUCUUGUGAGGAAUCCUAUUUGGAAUAAGGGAAUUUCCCUUUAAAAAAGGGAAACGUUGACAGCUAUGAUAGGCUAUGCUUGACGAAACAUUCCAAUCCAUUAAAAAAUGUUUAAAUUGGAAAACAGUUAAAAUAGCAAGAGAGUAAAUAUUUUCACAGUACAUAAAAAAUACUGUUUGGAAUGCUUUUUGCCUUGUUACGAAAUUAUUACCUGAUUCCAUUAACCACCACCCUGCUCCCCCGCCCCUUCUAAAACACAUUCCUAUAAGUUUUGCCUUCAUGGCUAUAGCUGCUUCACCAUUUUCCUUUCUAGGGUUACCUGCAGAUAAAAAGUGUAGCUUGACUUAUCUUUUUCGCUUAACUCCGGGAAUAGGAAUGGAGAAAAUUCCAAAGUUUAUGCUGGGCUGCCGUGAAACAGUCCUACCAGUCAAUUCAUUUCGUACCAGGUAUUUGAAAGUAUCUGCAGUGAGAAUCUUGCCAGCUUCUACUUUGAAAGCCAGCAACCUGGACGCAUUUCUUUUUGGGGGGGUGCGUCUCUCAGAAAUAGGGCAUAGAUAAAGGGGACAUUCAGACAAAAGGAGCUUGAACUGAAGAGGAAUAGAAGCAAGUAAAUCAAAGCUCUGCUUAAAAGGGUACAAGUUCAAUGCGGCAGUUAGAAAUGAGAACUGGGGGAAACGGAUAAAAUGUUACACUAGCUGAGAGCCUGGAGCAACAUCUUAGCAACUUCAAUAGGAAAAAAAGUAUACACUUUGGAUGCAAUGAAAAUAAACAGUUGCACUACUUGACAGCGAAGGAAAUCAUGAGAACAAGCGUAAAGAACAGAUUGAACUUGAAUCAAAGAACUUCUGCUAGUUGGGAAAACACUUAAAGCAUUGUCUCUUUCUCAGAUGUGUGUGUGUGUGUGUGUGUGUGUGUGUGUGUAGAUCAGUUUUCCUGAACCUGGUGUCCCCUAUACUAGACUACCAAUCCUGUCAUGCUUAACCAUUGCUCAUGCUGGCUGGGGCUGAUGGGAGUUGUAGUCCAACAACAUCUGGAGGGGGCCAGGUUGGGAAAGGCCGGAUUAGAUAAAUGAUGGGAAAGGUACAUCCUGUGACCUCACCCUCAUCUCAUGAUUUGCAUGGUGCUAAUUAAUAUUUUGAAUAACAAUAGCUGGUUUGCAAAACUUUUAUGUCUGUGUCACCUUCUUCCUAGUGUUUAAGGAAAAACCUAAAUAUCCCCCAAGUCAGUCUCAGGCUGUUCUUCUGGAUGUCUCGCCUGAUAAUUACUCCUACAAGCAAUCAAUGAUCAACCUGUUCAGAAAUGUUCCUUUUGUUCUUUUGUUGAUCAGUUAUGGUGAGUAUUUUGAGCAUCUUUUUUUCAUGUGUCUUGUAUAACAUAGUUGCGUAACGCUGCCCCCCCCCACGUACCUUACUACAGAUUCAUAUAUUAGGAGGUAAAUAUUUAUGCUACUAUGUACUUUUUCAUUUUAAAAUAAAUCAAUAAAAUCUAACCAUUAUCAACUUUAAAUGAUAAAAAUGGGUGACAAGAAGCAGAUGACAAUAUAACAAUGUAUUUAUAUAGUUUAUUCAGUUGUUCAACAAUUAUUUUCUUCAUUAAAAUUUUUUCUGUACAAUCAGUUCCAUUUAGAGUCUAUUAAUAUUGCUGAAUACUUAGGUAGUAUCUGAUAUUAUCAUUAACUAUUCCAAAAAUGUUUUAGUAGAUUCACACAUCUUUUAAAAAACUUUUGUAAAGUCCACACCACGUGUAUACAAAUAUAUUUAGCCUACAUGUGGCAGCAAAGAUUUAUUGUGCAAUAUAAAAUUCUUUUUUGAAAGUUCAGUAGAACUGUGUCAUUCUUACUUUAAACUGGUGUUUUUUUCACUUUUCAUGUACUCAGAUAAAGCUUACAUGUCUAAUCAGAUUAUGGCCUUAUACAGAUUAAUUAACUAUGCUAUGUUUGUAAUAAACUAAAACAAUAUGAAGUGAUAGAGCUGUUUUUUUUUUAGCCUUCAGAUACCAAUGAUUCAAGUUUUCUCCUUUUAAAAAAUAAAAAUUAAUUUUGCUUGAUUUAAUUUCAGUAACCAUACCAGUACUUUAAACAGUCUUAUUUCUCAUUGCAGGAAUUAUGACUGGGGCAUUUUAUUCAGUCUCAACUCUACUAAACCAAAUGAUAAUAACUCACUAUGAGGCAAGUUUCUCUAGAAUGUCCGUUGAUUAAUUUAUUCUCUUAAAGAAUUUCAUGUCAUGCUUGUUUCAGUUAUCACUGUCAAAUUAGGGUUGAGAGGGUCAUUUUGCUCAGGGCUGGAACAGAUCUGACCUAAGAAAUUGGUGAUUGUAUGUGUGUGUCAUGCCUUGAUGCAGUUUCCUGGCUGCAAACUAAGGGAUAGUGCAAUAGCACAUAUGAAGAAAGGGUAGAAUCUCUGUGAUAUUCGUAGCCACAAAAGAGGGGAUUGAGCUUCUUGGGGAAGUCUUAAAGAGUAACAAGUAGUUCAUCUUCUGGCCUCUGAGAGCAUCUCCCAAAUCCGCUGCAAUUUUAAAUACUUGAGUAGAACCUGCUUGUUCCUUUUGUGAUUUUUUUGUUCUGUGGGAGGCAGUGGAAGACAGGAGUGCCUGGCGUUCUCUGGUCCAUGGGGUCACGAAGAGUCGGACACGACUAAACGACUAAACAACAACAAUAUAUGGGGAGGGGGACCAUUCCACUGCUUUUUCAAAUUAAACCAUUAAACACAUUUUAAAAUCACUGUGCUUAUAAGCAAGUAGCCUGAUUUUAAUGCUGUCAUGGGAUCUGUUAGAAUUGGAAGCAAUCGAAAACUUUAAAAUGACAAAGUGAAAACUAUGGUUGUGCAGUACGUUGGCAGGCUGUCUCCUGUUACCAACAGUUAUUUCAUUGAUUUGAGUACAUUGAAAUGUCUUUAUAGUCUGGAUUAACCCAUCUGUGAAAAGCUCUAGUGCAGUCUUCCUCAACCUCGGCCCUCCAGAUGCUUUUGGCCUAUGACUCCCAUGAUCCCUAGCUAGCAGGACCAGUGGUCAGGGAUGAUGGGAAUUGUAGUCUCAAACCAUCUGAAGGGCAGAGGUUGAGGAAGCCUGCUCUAGCAAUUAUUUUUUACACUUAGCUACAGCAGCGAUGUUUACUUAGAUUUUGGCUUUUCUAAUAAGUUUGUAUGCACAUAUUCACUGUAGUAAAGUGGGUGCCGCUUAUAGAUAUUUACACAACAAUGUUAUUCCAAGGGAGAAGAAGUGAAUGCAGGAAGGAUCGGCCUGACUCUUGUGGUAGCUGGAAUGGUGGGUUCAGUUAUUUGUGGCUUGUGGCUGGAUUACACCAAAACAUACAAGUAAGUGUGCGAGUGGGAAACCAUAGAAUAAAGCUUAAAGGUAAAGGUAAAGGGACCCCUGAUCAUUAGGUCCAGUCAUGGCCGACUCUGGGGUUGCGGCGCUCAUCUCGCUUUAUUGGCUGAGGGAGCCAGCAUACAGCUUCCGGGUCAUGUGGCCAGCAUGACUAAGCUGCUUCUGGCGAACCAGAGCAGCGCACGGAAACGCCGUUUACCUUCCCACCAGAGCGGUACCUAUUUAUCUACUUGCACUUUGACGUGCUUUUGAACUGCUAGGUUGGCAGGAGCAGGGACCAAACAACGGGAGUUCACCCCGAUGUGGGGAAUCGAACCGCUGACCUUCUGAUUUUUAAAAAACACUUCCGAUAGUACCUAAACCCCUGCUGGUUAAUAUACCACCAACCUUCUGAUUGGCAAGUCCUAGGCUCUGUGUACCCACAGCGCCACCCGCGUCCCUAGAAUAAGGCUUACUUUACCAUAAUUAUGGGGUGAAUGGUAUGGAUUUAGUUAUUUUGGAACUUACUGAAUUUUGGAGCUUGAACUGAUGCUGAUCUUAAAUUGGCCUACAUCUGAUAGCUGCUGCAUUUUUAUUCCUUCAUGACUUAACAUGUUUUAAAUACACGUGGGUUGGGAUUUUUGUUUCAUUUUUUUACAAAAAUAAAAUCUCUAGUGCUGUCUUCACCAAAGUAAAUGGAUGCUACAAAAGCGAUCUGGAACUUCCCACCAUUAGAGAAGGGAAAACUAGUAAAUGACCUGCUUCCCCAUUACUUUUUGAGGCCUUCCCUCAUAUCUCCCUGCUGUUUCUGUGGUGGGCUGCAGCUUUGUGAGGAAGCCUGUGCUUGAAGUGUGGUCCAGAGAAUGAUAAAGAGAAUAUUAAGUGAAAUAUUUCAGAUUCCUAUGGGCCCCCUAUUUUGUUUACUGAAUUAUUUGUUGGGAACUAACGAUGAUGUUAAAUGAUAAGGAAAGGUGUACUGAAGCAAUAAAUAAGCGGAAUUCAGUAGCUCAACAUAUAAAGGGAGCUUGGAAUGCCAGGAAGUAGGGUAGAUUAUGCGCUGCAGGACAAUUUUAAGCUUUGAAUGACGGCGUGCAAGUUAGCUUUUAAGGUACAAAAAUAUUUUUUACUUACUGCAACCCAAGCGAGUGGGAAACCAUAGACUAAAGCUUAAAGGUAAAGGUAAGGGGACCCCUGAUCAUUAGGUCCAGUCAUGGCCGACUCUGGGGUUGCGGCGCUCAUCUCGCUUUAUUGGCCGAGGGAGCCAGCAUACAGCUUCCGGGUCAUGUGGCCAGCAUGACUAAGCUGCUUCUGGCGAACCAGAGCAGCGCACGGAAACACCGUUUACCUUCCCAACAUUCGCAUGCGGGCUUGUGGUCAAUGUGUUUUUGGUGUGACUUGUAGCUAACACUUUUCUCUAUUAAGCUUCUUUUUUGUAUGGUUUAAAUAUCAUAAAUUUCAUGCUAAUAAUCUAAAGUGUGUCAGCCCCUUCCAAGAGGCACUUGCCAGACUCCCUUGAGAUAUAUAUAUAUAUAUAUAUAUAUAUAUAUAUAUAUAUAUAUAAUUACUGCCUUAUACCCGGAGAUCUCAGGGUGGUUCACAGAAAAGAUCACAGUGUAUAAAAUCAAAAUAAGAACAAUAACCCAAUAACACCCUCUGAAAAAGAGCCACAUUUUAAAAGGGUAUAGGACAGGCAUAAGCAAAUUCGGCCCUCCAGAUGUUUUGGGACUACAACUCCCAUCAUCCCUGACCACUGGUCCUGCUCAGGAUGAUGGGAGCUGUAGUCCCAAAACAUUUGGAGGGCCAAGUUUGCCUAUGCCUGGUAUAGGAUGUCAAUCAGGUCAACCAAAGGCUGAUUACAAAGGAACAUUUUUGCCUGGUGCCUAAAAGUGUAUAAUGAAGGUGCCAAGUGAACUUCCCUGGGGAGAGCAUUCCACAGAUGGGGAGCCACUGCAGAGAAGGCCUGUUCUCCUGUUGCCACCCUCAGGGCCUCUUGAGGAAGAGGCACAUGAAGGAGGGCCUCAGAAGGUGAUCUCAGGAUAGGUUCAAGUGACAGGUUAAGAGAGCUGUUUGAGAUGGCAUGCAUUUCUAUAGAUAAUCAGUUGUCCCUAGGCCCUGCCUAACUAUACUGCAUUCCUGCAUUGCUAAUAUUAUUGGUGUUUAUUGUGGUUUUUAUAUUGUCUGUAUCCUGAGAGAUGGGAAGGUAUGUUAAAAAUAUUUUGACCAAGUGGCAUAAGACUGUGACAGCCUGUCCUGAGACAAAGCAGGGAAGUGACAGGUUGUCACUGAAAUGUAUUGCUGUGCCUGUGUGUUUGAACUGCAAAGUAGCUUGGUUUAAACUGUAGCAAAAAGAAUAAUACUGAUGCGAUCUGAACUUGACAGCAUUGUGUUUUCUUCUUACUCUGUUUACAGGCAGACUACAUUAGUUGUGUACAUCCUCUCAUUUGUUGGGAUGGUUGUAUUUACAUUCACCUUGGACUGUGGACACCUCGUUGUUGUGUUUGUGACUGGCGGAGUGCUAGGGUAUGGAUCCACAGAUUAAUAAAAUGCACUGAUGUAUUAUAAUGCAGGUUAAAUUAAAUCUCUUAGGUGUUAUUGAUCUAAGCCAUACAGUGGACUUAAGUUACUUAAACCACCUGAUUUCACUGGGUCUAAUAACUUUUUGUUUAAAAGAGUUGCGAGCUUUCUGGUGCCCAUAUGUAUUUCCUGUGGAUUAAAAAUAGCUGUUUUUCACACAUGGUCUUCAUAACAACUGUUGCUCAUUUGAAAUUUGGGUUUCUACGGCAGCUUCUUCAUGACUGGUUACCUCCCUUUGGGUUUUGAAUUUGCUGUGGAAAUUACAUACCCUGAAUCAGAAGGCACCUCCUCAGGGCUUCUGAAUGCUUCAGCCCAGGUAACAACGGGAUGCUUUGUAAACUAAUCUGCUCCAAUAAUUAAUGCUCUGUUUUGAGUUCUGGUAGCUCUCUGUUUUGUAAUCGGGCAUGAUAGACCGACUUAUGCAGAACCUUAUGGAUGCACGAUGCAGUAGCUAGUAUUUAAAGUGCUUUUAAAAAUUGCGGCAUCUUCCCUAAAAGGCAGUAUCAGGCUCAGUGAUGCACCGAGUCUGCAAUAUUCCUGCUGAAAACAUUGCGUGUUGCAUGAGCACAGUAUGGUGGCAUUUAGAAAUGCUAAUGAAUGAAAGCAGUGGAAGGUGCCUUAUACCGAAUGAGAUCAUUGGUUCACCUCACCCAGUGUUGUCCACACUGACUGGCGGCAGAAUUUCAGGCAAGGGAUAUUUCCAUUGCUAUCUUGUGAUGGCAGGGAUUGAAUAUCGUACCUUCCACUUGGCAAAGUAGAAGCUCUGCCACCGACUUGCAGCCCUCCCCCAUUUUAUUCUAGCUUCCCUGUCCUCAUGUCCCUGCCUUUUCAACUCGGGAGUGCAAGCUGGCUGUUUACUCAGCAAGCCACCUUCCCACUGGGAUUGUGGGAGGAUUGCAGAGUGCCCCCCACCUUGCACAGUUGCACAGAUCUGCAGAGAUGAGAGAAGCGCUGGGCUCCCUUUUCUACAGGGAGACUAUUCCAUGCUCAUCUCUGAGAUUGGUGGGUAAAUAAAAAAACCAACAAAUGUGGAAUGGAAGAAAACACAAUUGACAAAGAUCAGUGGACAGCUAAUGUGGUACAUAAUUGAUAGUAUAGCUAGUAUAUAGACCAUAUUUUUCGCUCUAUAAGACACACCUUUCCCCUCCUAAAAAGUAAAGGGAAAUCUGUAUGGAGCAAAUGCAGAUGGGAGGCUCUGCUUAGCGCUACCUUUAAAGAGCCGCACACACACUCUGUGCGCUCUUUAAAGGGAGUGCGGCUCUUGGGGGAGCCAAGCUGUGCACGGCUAUCCCAUAAGCUAGGACAGCGCAGCAAUCCUGCUUGCUGUCCUGGCUUCUGGCUUAGUCGCAUGCAGCCUCUUCUGGGCAGGGGGAGCCUUCAUCCCGCUCCCCAGGAGAGGCUGCGCACGGCUAUCCCAUAUACCAGAACAGCAAGAGGCUAUCCCAGAAGCCAGAUCCCUCUUGCUGUUCUGGCUUCUGGGAUUCAGAUCCCCCCCCCUUGUUUUCCUCCUCCAAAAACUAGGUGUGUCAUAUGAGGUGUGUCUUAUGGUCUGGUGCAUCUUAUAGAGCAAAAAAUACGGCACAUUGUCUCUAAAUAGCAUACUUAGAGAAUGCAGAAGUGAAACUCUCUACCCCAGGUGGUGCAGUGGGCCAGUGCAUCUGACUGUUAACCAGAAGCUUUGUGAUUUGAGCCCAGCAAGGGUUGGCUGUGGGCAGGAUUCCUGCAUUUGAGCAGGUUGGACUAGAUGACCCUUGGGGGUACCGUCCAACUUUACAAUUCUGUGAUUCUAUGAAAUUCAUUUCUGGCAGGCUCUUCUGCUGAGAAGGCUGCUACCUCAGCUUUCAUAAAAUCAAUAACAGGCAAGGCAGGCAGCCCUUGCCCUUAGGCUUACACUCUAAAGGACACAACCUAAUAGGCAAUACAGUGGUACCUCUGGUUGCGAACGGGAUCCGUUCCAGACCCCAUUCACAACAUGAGCAGAAUGUAACCCGUAUCUGUUUGUGUGUGGGUUGCGAUUCGCCGCUUCUGCACAUGCGCGUGACGUCAUUUUGAGCGUCUGCACAUGCGCGAGCGGCAAAACCCGGAAGUAACCCUUUCCGGUACUUCCAGGUCACUGCAGGACGCAACCUGAAAAGAUUUAACCUAAAGCAAAUGUAACAAGAGGUAUGGCUGUAAGUGAAAAGGAAAUAAAGGCAAACUAGGGCACCAGUUUGUAGGAAUACAAAAUUCUUACAGCGACCAGCUCAAGUGAAAACCAACCAAAAGUGAAGAAAAAUUUAGCUCGUCUCUCAGCAGAGCUGAUGACCUUCCCUGUUUCCUAUCUCUCCCUCUGCUGCAACACAACCACUGUGAACAAACACCAUGCAAGUUUUAACUGUGAUAGCAUUGUAGUGAAGAUACUGUUUAUCAAGAAACAAUCUGAAAUUCCUUCUUAUGGUCUGUUUACAGAUAUUUGGGAUUAUCUUUACACUGAUUCAAGGAAAGCUCACAACAGAUUACAAUCCCCGUGCAGGAAACAUCUUCCUCUUCGUAUGGAUGUUUAUAGGUAUCAUUUUAACAGGUAACGAGUUGGCUUUCUUUCUCAAAUUAGGGUAUAAAUGUAUUUUCUUCUUACUGGAAUAGUAUGCAGUCCAUCCCAAAGGCCUGAUUCCUUCAUAUUUUAUUUCUGUUUUAUUAAUUUGAAACAUUUCUAUCCUGACUUUCUAUUAAACAUACCCAAAACGUCUCACAACAAUAACAACAUGAACAACAAUGUAUCAUAAAAGCAGCCAUAUGAUAAAGUAAGAUGGAUGAAAAUAAUUAAGUCCUCAAAAGCAGGGGAAUAUCAAUAAAAGUGAUAAAAAACAGCUGGUUGCCUGGCUUUAUCUACUUUAAAAGAGGAAAAAUGAGGUGAGGAGGAAGUGGCCUGUGGGUAGCUUGCUUUUUUAAAAAAAGAGCUAGUUAGAUUUAAGAGCGGGAUGUGAGUAAAGAAAGCUUAUUAGGAUUACUGGCUGCCAUCCAAACUAUUGUGACAUUUGUGACAACAAAGGAAACUAAAUCUUCCUUUGUCUGAUAGCAGUAGAACCCUGCACUAAGAAGUAAAAUGUGAGCAAGGUUAUUAAAUAGUUGAAUGAGCAAGACCGCUGCAAGAGCAUGAAGGCUGUGCUGUGAUGCCAAACUCACACAGGCUGCAGUCCUAAACACACUCAGGAAGCAGUGAAACUUAAUUCUGAUUUAAACAUGUCCAGCAUGGUCAACUGGAAAUAAACCUCAUUAAACACAGUACAUUUAAGUAUAUAUGCUUAGGGUUGCUGUGUAAGUUGAAUGCAUCUUUACUUCUGUUCAUUCAACAAAUGGGCUUUUUGGUCUUUGUGUUUCUACAGUUUGGAUCUAGACCAGGCAUAGGCAACCUUCGGCCCUCUAGAUGUUUUGGCCUACAACUCCCAUGAUCCCUAGCUAACAGGACCAGUGGUCAGGGAUGAUGGGAACUGUAGUUCAAAACAUCUGGAGGGCUGAAGGUUGCCUAUGCUUGAUCUAGACUCCCCAUUAUAGGCUAGCGGUUCAUAAUUAUUUGGGUGUGUAUAAAUUGGUAGAUCAAUUUAGCCAGGUGGAAAUUAGUAAUAUGCAAUAUUAGUGUUUAAUAUCAAAGAUAACAACAAUAUGUUUAGGGAAGUUUUUAAUGACUGAUGUUUUAAUGUGUUUUUUAUCUUUUGUUGGAAGCCGCCCAGAGUGGCUGGGGAACCCAGCCAGAUGGGUGGGGUAGAAAUAAUAAAUUAUUAUUAUAUAAAUUAUUAUAUGUUCCAGCUCCUCCUCUUCCUGCCUGCAGCACAUUAAACAUGACAUUAUUAUUAUUUUUUAAAUGAAAGCUGAAGUUUUCAGAGUGCUGAGUCCCGCACCAUUGUCAAAUUUGACCUUCGUCAGCAUUUGAUAAAUGUGUUUCAGCAUCCAGGGCUGUUAACUGCUGCAUGUUUCAGCCUGGAACCUGUGUGAAAAUCACUGUUGUAGACUGAGAAACAACAGCUAGGAAUAAGGCAGGUAUCAUGUGGUCUGCAGAACAAUCAUGAUGUUAGUCUUUUGCUGCAAAAGCAAUAGUCUCAUCGCACCUUAAAGACCAACAGAAUUUAUCCUGCAAAAAUAUGCACUGCAGUGAAUGUGCUGGUAUUCAUAUGCUUCUUUUCUUUCCUCCUUUUAGCUUUAAUCAAAUCAGAUUUGCGAAGGCACAAUGUGAAUUCAGGGAUAAGUGUUGACAUUAAAUCUGUAAGUAGUUUUAAUCUUUUAAUUUGCUGGCAUAAUCGACCACUAAUACCUGGCAUUCAGCAUUAGACUGUUGAACACAAUGUCAUUAGAGUUCUGGCUGCUUUGAGUAGCAGAUUUCAAGUUCAGCUUGCCAUUAUUUAAAAGAGCUUUGUAGUUGUAGUCCCCACCCCACCCCAAAUGACAAUUUUUUAUUAGUUUUCAAUUACAGUCCAACAAUAGCCUCAUUAUAACAAUUCCAAUUUAUAAUACAACUAUUAAUACCAAUCAUUCAAAUACUGAAUUAUAUAAUUUAGUUAAAGUGGCCCUCCCAUGUGCCAGAUUGGAUGGUUUGAUUAUUUUCUUUUUCUCUGUGUUCCAAAAUCUUAAUUCAUUUCAAUUACAUUCCGGUCAUAAUAAUAAUCCCUUAUACAACAACUGCAAUAUUAAUAACUUCUAUUUGUGUUGACACAUUGAAUGAUUUAUAAAACUGCAAGUGAGGAACUCAAACUAUAUCCUCGUUCUUCCUGUGCGUGGCAAUUAUUCUGUCUGUGGUGUUUCUGACACUGGUAGCUUAUUGUCACAAGUUACUCAGAAGCAGCAAGGAGUAGUGGCACUUCUUUCUUAAUGGCAUGCUUUGAUCCACCUACAAAAGAGAGAGCUGCAUGGACUCGUCUCAGUAAUAUCUUAAUCAAAGGAAAAUGGUCACCUGUAAAGUAAUCAAAACAUCAUAGAACACUGCACACAAAACAAGCAAUCCAGUAGCCUAUCCCAAAUCAGCUACAAGCCACGUAAAGUUAGAGAACUCUCAAACUUAUUCAGUGAGAAAGCUCAAAAAUAUAAGGCACUUCUGUCUUUGUGGGCUCACUUUGAUACCCAUGAUCACCAGCUGAACCAGAUACUAGAAUUAAUAAUGCUGGUUUUAGGAGUUGGAAUAAUUACUGGCCCAAGCAAUUGCUUUUUCCUUAUAUCUCCAUUCUUCAGAAUUUGUAAGCCCCCCUACUCAUAUUCUGUUCAAGCUAGUUUCACUAUUGAUUCCUAAAAUUACGAUUAUUGUAGCCUCAGAGCCCAGGCAACCCUAUCAAGAAUGGAUUGAAUCAGCCAUCAAUUUUAUUUUUUCUCACAGAUGUCAGUUGACGGUCCUACAGAAGAUGAACUGAGUAAAACCGCAUCGAAAAGCGUCUGAAUUAAACAUUUAGGAUGGAAGAAAGAAGUGCCAGAUACUCAUAAUUUUCAUGUUAGACCAAGCAGAAGCAACCUGACAGAUAGAGAACAAGAACUGUCUCGAAGUAACGUGUUUGCAGUCAUGAUCAUGCAGUACUGCUUAUCUAUGAAUUCGAGAUACACAUACACUCUGCUGAAGGCACCUGUUAAUUUUAUGGCGACAUAUUUAUAGUGGGAUUCUUAACUUUUAUUUAUUUAUUGGUUGUGCAGUUUAAGAUCUCCAAUCUGCCAUUCCUUUGUGGAAGCUGUGCAGUUUCAGCAGAGACAGUAAAACUGCAAUCAUAAACAUACUGUGGGAUAAGCACCUUUGAACAAAUGCAGCAGGUCUUACUUCCAAGUUAGUAUGCAUAGUACUGUAAUGUAAACUAGGGAUGGGGAAACUGUGGCACUUCAACUUCCAUUGUCCCUGGCCAGUGGUCAUACUGCCUAGGGCUACUGGGAAUUGGAGUCCAAUGUCAUUGGGGGGGGGGGGUGGACAGGUCCUGAUCUUUGCUGCAAAGGAACUUGAGUACUGUGGCAAGUAUGAAUAAGUUCCAAUUAAAAGCUGCACAACUAAUUAAUCCACACAUCUUUUAUAUGAAGGUGUGCUCUUAAGAUUAGAAUGAAUUAAAGGAGCAUUUUAAAACUUUUUUAUUGUAAAUAUAUUGGAAAUUUUAAUCCGCCACUUCUAUAGGAGGUGGCUUUUCCUCCAGCACAAAAUGCAGUAUACUUAAUUCAGAUUUUGAAUGUGUUAUACUGUAGUUUCUGUUCGCCAUUUCUGUUGGCCUUGAAAGGAUUAUAGUUUAUGAAACCUCUUGUGUUUAAAUACAGAUGUGGGAGCUUCAUAAGCUCAUACUCUGGAAAUAUUUUACAUUCUUUUCCCCCCCCUUUUUUGAGAGAGUCUGGAUUUCUGAGCUACAAAACCAGGUCCUCAUCUGUCCAGAUAUUUUUCCUUUGCAUUUUGAAAAUGCAGCUGUGUUUUUCUUAAUGUUUGAAUGGUGAGAAAAAGCAUUGCCAGACUGUACAAAGGCACGUACUUGCAGCCAUUCUUCAUUUGUGUGUCUAUAUGUUUGUUAGUGAAAAGUAAUGGGCAAAUAAAAGUAUUGCAAGAGCACAAAGUGAAUGUUUAUCUACUGCUUCACCUGGUUAGAGUCAUGUGCAGGUUUAUAAUAUUGUGCCUUUUCCUGCUGAAUUGUGUAGCAAAUGAAUCAGGCCUUAGAUUUGUGCUUUAUGCCCU